AUGUCACGAAAAGUGAAAAAUGAACGGUAUUAUGUGCAAGAGAUACAUAAACACACUGAUAAAAUUAAUAAAGAGUUAAAAAGAAUUCGUGGUGAAAUAAGUGAAUUGAAAUCUACGUCAAGUUUAAAGGAUAAGGUUUCACAGGAAUUAGCAAAAUUGGAAGAAGAAAAACAAGCUUUGGAAAAUGAAUCACAAAAACUACGAUUUAUCAUAAAUAUUUGCAACAACAAAGCACGUUUGGAUGAUGUACAAAAGGAAAUUCAAGAAAAACAAAAUGAAAAUCGUGAUUUAUUGAUACGUUUAGAAGAUAUCUAUAUUAGUCGUAAAAAUAAGGAACGUAAUAUUGAAGCCAUUAAAACUGCAAUUAGUGAGGAAAAUGCGAUACUUGAACGUGAGUUAGAUAAAUUAUCACGAAAUGAUCGCAUCGAAUAUUUACGCAUGAAACAAGAUUUGGAAUCCGUUCAAAAAGAAAUCAAAGACUAUGAAAAUACCUUAGGAGAAAAUAAUGAGAAAAUGGAGUUCUAUAUGAAUAAAAUUGAUCAUCCUAUAAAAAAGUCAUUAUUCAAUUUGAUCUCUGAAUAUGAGACGUUACGUGAGGAGCAUGAAAAUUUAUCACAAAUAAUUCGAAACAAAGGUUCAGUGAAACAUGAGGAAGAACAGCUGUUGACAUCGAUUCGUGAUACUCGAAUACAAGUACAAAGUAUAGAAGCUGAAACUAAGAAUUAUCAACAAAAAUUGGAAAGUGUUCAAGAAAUUAUUGAUGGGCUGGACAAAGAUUUAAAAGAAGGUUACAGCGCACGUCACGGAAAAUAUUUAGAACUUAUGAAACGUGAGGAAAAAAUGAAUCAAUUUAUCGAAUCGGCAGUGGAGAAAAUUGAUAAUAUUAAAAAAAUGUCAGAUGCAGCAGAUGACUCGAUUGUAGAAGGGUUAAAUUUCUGGUCUUUACAUUUAGAUGAACUGGAUGAUGGGGAAUUUGAUACUGAUGAUGUUAAUACUGCAAAACAGGAGUAUCAAAUGCAACUCACUCGCUUGCAUAAUAUUACAGAAAGGAUAUCACAAAUUAAAACAGAAAUAAAUGAGUUACGUGAUAAGAAAAUGGACAUAGAAAAACAAUUACUGGAACAAGAUGACCCAGAAGAAGUCAAAGAGGUGAUACAAGGCUCAAUUGAAACUUUUACAGCGGAAAAGGAUGUUUUAUCGAAGAAGAUUAGUGCCACCGUCUCAGCUAUUGAAGUUGCUAUCAAAACGAAUAAGGAAUUAACGGAAAAGUUAGCAAAAAAUCAGUCAUAUGCUGAGAUUAAACAAUUUGAGGAAAAAAUUGAUGAUUUACAAAAAAUGAAAAAUGAAUUUCUUGGGCGAAUUAAUGUUUUAAACGAAAGUACAAAUACGGAAAAAAUAGCCGAGGAAACGUUAGCGUUAAUAAACACCUACAAUAAAAUGCUAACUCAGAGUGGUUAA